CUCUCUCUCUCUCUCUCUCUCUCUCUCAAAUGAUUUUCCAUGAGCACUGAAAAACAUAAAUCCAGUAACCAAUGACUAUAUUUUCUGCUGAGUUCUCUCCCCAGUGCCUUCCCUUUGGUACCCAGUUGAAACCCACAUCAUAUUCUCAUCACAGUCCACUUGUGAGAUGUAGAAGUCCUAACCAGAACAAAAUUAAGUCUAAAAAUCCACAAAAGCCUAAGGUUUUCCAUGAAACAAGGCCAGCCCAUUUGCAUUCUUAUGACUUUAAGGACCCCCAUUUAGUGAAACUGCUCAACAGAUCCUGCAAAGCAGGCAAUUACAAUGAGUCAUUUUAUUUUCUUGAAUGUAUGGUGAAUAAGGGUUACAAACCAGAUGUCAUUCUUUGCACAAAGCUCAUUAAAGGCUUUUUCAGUUCAAAAAAUACCGAAAAACCUGUUAAAGUCAUGCAAAUUUUGGAGUCAUAUGGUGAACCAGAUGUGUUUGCUUACAAUGCCCUCAUCAGUGGCUUCUGCAAAUUGAAUCUAAUUGAAUCGGCAAACCAAGUGUUGGAUCGGAUGAGAGCCCGAGGCUUUUCGCCUGAUGUGGUUACAUAUAACAUAAUGAUAGGGAGUCUUUGUAGUAGGAGGAAGUUGGGAUUGGCAUUGAAAAUGCUUGAUCAGUUAUUGGAAGAUAAUUGUGAACCAACAGUGAUUACUUACACCAUUCUGAUAGAAGCAACGAUUCUCGAAGGUGGGAUUAAUGAAGCAAUGAAGCUUUUAGAUAAGAUGUUGUCAAGAGGGCUUCAACCUGAUAUGUAUACUUACAAUGCAAUCAUUAGGGGAAUGUGCAGAGAAGAAAUGAUGAAUCAGGCUUUUGAGUUUGUUUCGAGUUUGCCUAAUAAGGGCUGCAAACCUGAUGUGAUCUCUUACAAUAUCUUGUUAAGGGCACUGCUGAAUCAGGGCAAGUGGAGUGAUGGGGAGAGGCUAUUGACAGAGAUGUUAUCCAGAGGCUGUGAGCGUAAUGUUGUUACUUACAGCAUCUUAAUAUGUGCUUUGUGCCGGGAUGGAAACUUGGAUGAGGCUAUUGAUGUAUUGAAGCUUAUGAUGGAAAAGGGUUUAACUCCUGACACUUAUACCUAUGAUCCAUUGAUUUCUGCCCUUUGCAAAGAGGGAAGAAUAGAUUUGGCGAUUGCCUUCCUCGAUUACAUGAUCUCUAGUGGUUGCUUACCGGAUAUUGUGAACUACAACACAAUCUUGUCUGCUAUGUUCAAGACUGGAAAUACUGAUCAGGCUUUGGAAGUUUUUGAGAAACUUGGUGAAAUGGGGGUUCCUCCGGAUGUGAGUACUUACAACACAACAAUCAGUGCUUUGUGGAAUAAUGGGGACAGAACUAGGGCCUUGAGAGUGGUUUCUGAGAUGAUAAACAAAGGAAUUGAUCCCGAUGAUAUCACUUAUAAUUCACUAAUAUCAUGUUUGUGCAGAGACGGUAUGGUUGAUGAGGCGAUUGGAUUGUUGGGGGACAUGGACAGUGGUGGCUUCACUCCAACAGUUAUAACUUACAAUAUAGUGCUUCUCGGAUUAUGCAAAGCUCACAGAAUUGAUGAUGCAAUUGGAGUGCUUGCAGAAAUGGUGGAAAAAGGCUGCCGGCCAAAUGAAACCACUUACAUACUAUUAGUCGAGGGGAUUGGGUUUGCAGGAUGGAGAGCUGAGGCUAUGGACUUGGCAAAUUCCCUCCUUGCAAUGCAUGUAAUUUCAGAAGUGUCGUUCAGACGUCUUAGCAAAACAUUUCCCUUGCUUGAUGUUUAUAAAGACUUGACUCAUUCAGAAAACAAGAAGUAACUUGCUAUCCUUUGUGGAUGUUAUUCUUCUAAUCUUUGAAAUGGCCUGCUUCUGUUGAAAUCAGACCAGCAGUACUGCAUUGAAUCCUAUCAAACUCUAUAGUUAAGCAUACUUGAGUGAGAGUAAUACUAUGCGAGAGUAAUACUAUGAUGAAUGACCCCUAGGAAGUCCUCUUGUUGCAACCUUUUAGAUGAAUUUCCGAAAUGGCCUGUUACGAAAAUUGCUUGUCCUACUUGGGUCCAAAUCUCUCUGUUCCUGUUCUGCUUCCUCUCCAUCCUAUGCGAAUAUGGUCUUUCAGGUAAUGGGAGACAUCUAGAGCAGAUUUGGAUCAUGGAUUAUGUUCGUCAAGCAGGUGCUUUAGGCCACAGAGUGCUCAGAUGUUUUCAACUAUAGUGUCUAUUGCUGCAUAUCCCCAACAUUUGAAGUUACUGGUCAUUUGACACAUCCUAAACAGCGAGGUAAACAAAAAUUUUGUGGCUCUUUGUUAAGGUUAAGGUUAAUCUUCCAUCUUUGCAUAGGUGAACUUCCAAGCCAGUGCUUGUGCUUCUUUACUUUCACCAUAAUUGACAGUGAAGGUUCCUGGUUUCAUGAGAAAAAUGGAGCCAAAGAGAGAUUGUUCAAUGUGUUGUUUCAGAUAACUGUGCACAGUGGGGAUAUCUAACAUGUCUGGCUUGCUUCCAAUAAAUUUUGCAGUCCAGUUGAUGAGGUGAAUGCUAUAAAGAAGAAAGCAGGAGAAACUUCAGGAGAGUCCUGGAUUCUCUUACUGCUACCUAAACUUGCCUGAGUUUGCUUACCCACCCCAUUGGAGGUUGCUGUCAAAAGCUAAUAGGUGAAGAGAUUAAAUUUUCAAGCCAGGUGGUUGGGCAUGAUUCAUUUUAGGCAAGGGUAUGAUGUCCUUGUACAGUAGCACAAAAAUAAUCCUGAAAAUUAAUUAUGUGCAAAAGCUUGGUGUAAUUGUUGUGCAUCAAAAUUUUCUUGUGUGUUUUGUAUUUUGUGAGAUAAUAGAAAGUCAAGAGAUCAUCAGUUUGUGUAUUUUUUGGGGAGUAGAAAAAUGAAACAUGGCAGAAAUAAUUGGUUU